AUGAAAAUUUACAAUUUAAUUCUUUUAAAUUUUUGUUUUCUUCAUCUUUUUCAAUUAUUAUUAGGAAUGUAUCCAGGAGAAGGUUCUGGAUCAACACAACAUUCUGUGGAACCUAAUGAUUUUAAUGAAUUGGACGAUAAAAUUCGUCCUUUGCUGGAAAAAGUUGGCGAUUUACCACCUAUUGGGGGAUCGCAACAAUUUAACAAUGCUAGAGAACAAUAUGAAAAUUUGUUUGGUGAACUUAGUGAUUUAUUAAAUGAAUCCAUUCAAAUUAAUGAACUAACAAUAAAUUAUUUAAAUGCUAGAAUUGAAACUCGGGUACUUGUAUUAUUUUUCUUAUUUAAGAUCUUACUUGCCUACAUACUUAUAUAA